AUGGUGAAGGGAAUUGCAAUCGGUAUGAGUCAUGUGGUUAUCCCCAUAUUUCAGUAUGAGAUAAUUCCAGCAAGGAGACGGGGCCGGAUUUUAUCACUUUACAUAUUGGCAACCAGUAUUGGAAAUUUGCUCAUAUAUCUGUUACCCAUGAUUGCAAUGAAGGUGUUGGGAAAUGUACAGUACCUUAGAUUGCACUGGUUGGUUGAUCUUUUGCCCCUUUCCCUUGCCACAAUUGCCGUAUUGUUCUUUCCUGAGAGCCCAAAGUGGCUAGCGUCAAAUAACGAGUGGGAAAAUGCUGCUGAUAUAUUAGAAAGCAUUGAAACCGCCAAUUCUGAAAAGUCCGUUAGAAGCAAGUCCAAACACGAGAGAAAACGACUUGGUGAUAAGCACUAUGUUGUGAAAAGGUAUUCUAAUACCGCCAGCGUUCGAAGUUGCUCGAUGAACGCCUUAUUUGGCAGAAAAUAUAUCCGAGAAGUAUGCACGGGAGUUUUGUUACAAUUGACGAUUGACAUUACUAGUGUUACUAAGUUGCUAGAUUCUCUACAUUCGAUAUGCAUUGCUUGUCAAGUCAAGACUUUGAGCGAAAUUAGAAUAGUUCAGGAGUUUGAUUUAAUAAUGAGAUAUUUAUUUAUCUUAGCUCCAAUGAUGGUCAUUGAUUUACUAAGAAGAAAGGACGUCUUGGUAUUUGGGAUGACUGUGGAUACCUUAUUGAUGAGUAUCUACGCCAUUAUUUUCCUUGGAUUUUCAGGUGAAGCGAAUCAGGCAACUCAUUUCAAUUUAGAUAUUGACUGGGGUUUGCUGGUUGAGCUUUACAAAGAAUGUGCAUCGAUAAUACUAGCACUUACAGUAUUGAUGGACAUUGUAUUCCACUCAUUAGUUUUGCCUGUUUGCUGGCUUUACAUAUUGGAGAUUUUUUCCUCGUCGACCAGGUCCAAAGGUUGGAUAGUCAUUUCAAGCUUGCAUUGGUUAUUUGAGUGUUCAUUAUCGUUGAUUUUUCCAUUUUUAUUAUCGAAUUUGAAUGGAUGGUUGUUUUUGAUUCUCGCUUUGAUAUUGUUAAGUGGAACUUUAGCCAUCUCUCAGAUGAAAGAGACGAGGGGAAAAUCUUCGGUCAGCUCAAUUUUUUCAAGUUCAAGGUUUAGCUCAGAGAAGAAUUGA